UUUUUUUCUUGCUCUGAGAUCAUCAGCCAUCGCAGAAAGCCUCUCCUAACAGCCUCGGAGAAUCAACCAUCCCAAUCUUGCGCAACGUCCACGAACCUCGGCGAGCCGACAACAGCCAGCGAUACAACUGAGGAUAACAAAAUCAGUUUUUGACCUAGUCUGCGAACAAAAAGACUUACAAUCGCUGCGCUGCGCAUCCUGGUUGAGGACCGCGUCGCGAACUUCCUUGUUCAAAAACACUUUCCUACCUUGGACUUCCGUCGACCACAGCCACGAUGGAUCACACACGCGACCCCUGCCCAUGGGUUAUUCUCAAUGACUUUGGUGGUGCUUUUUGUAUGGGGGCCAUCGGAGGUACAAUCUGGCAUGGUGUAAAGGGUUUCCGAAACUCGCCAUACGGCGAGCGGAGGAUCGGUGCUUUGACCGCCAUCAAGAUGCGAGCACCGGUCCUGGGUGGUAACUUUGGUGUUUGGGGUGGUCUCUUCAGCACUUUUGACUGUGCGGUCAAGGGUAUCCGCAAAAAGGAGGACCCUUACAACGCAAUCAUUGCUGGUUUUUUCACUGGUGGCUCAUUAGCCAUCCGAGGAGGUUACAAGGCAGCGAGGAACAACGCUAUCGGAUGCGCUAUCCUCCUGGGUGUUAUUGAGGGUGUCGGUAUCGGGUUCCAAAAGAUGAUGGCGGGAAGCACAAAACUUGAGGCUAUGCCCCCUCCCCCAGAAGCCCAGCCGAUCCCGGCAUAAAUCCCCUCCCGAAUCAUCGACGACAAUUCAGCAAACCAACGAUAGACGUUCACCACUCUACUCUCCUUUUCAGGCUACUACCUCGGCAGCCGCUGUUGUAUAUUUUUUGGGUCAUUUAUGGAUGGUGGGUGUUGUAUCAAGUGUACUAUAACGAACAAAAAGAACCCUAGAGAUGGGCUCACACCGCGCAACAAUAUGCGCAACAAAUACAUUACAAUAAUACACAACCUAGGCGAUCUACUCAUCUACCUGGAGAAACUCUAUCUGAC